AUGGCUCUCCCCACAGACCCGCGUAUACGCCGGAACUCGCGAGUCGAUACCUCAAAGCUCACUCCGGCCGAGCGUGAAGCUCUCCUCAAACCCUACCUUCCAGAUCCAUCUACCAUCCGUUCGGCCCGCAGCAGGCAUGGGAAGAAGAAGCAGAAGCAGAGGAGGAAACCUAUCCGAGCAUUCCUCAAGUCGACAUUACACUACCUCACCUAUUUUCUAAUCCACGUUGUUUUCAGCAUCUACAUCCGGCUCCGUCAAGGCUAUCAUGCCAUCAUUGAUCGAAUCCUGGCCAUUCUUUACUACCAUCACCGCACUCCCGAGCUCAUACAAAAAGAUGUCCGUGGCCUGAGUCAGCUACCGCAGCAUCUGAGCAUCGUGUUGAUGCUGGGGAAGGAUGAGGAUGCGCUGGAUGUGAUUAUGGACGAGGUGGCGGAGUUGGUAGCCUGGAGCUCGUGCGCUGGUAUACCUAUGUUGAGCAUAUAUGAGAAGACAGGCAUCCUAAAAUCCUACAUCCCAACCCUCCACAAAAUAAUCAUAAGCAAACUAUCAACGUACUACGGGCCUCCUUCCCACCAACCAACCCUCCGCCUCUUCGCACCACACCAUGCCCUCUACUCUCCAACUCUCUGCCCACCCUCCUCAAAAGCAAAUCCCGCGCUCUUCACCCUCCUCCUCCUCUCCGCCACAGACGGGCGCGAGACACUGGUCGACCUCACAAAGACCCUGACCGAGAUGGCCCAGCAUGGUAACCUGUCACCGCAAGAUAUAAGCCCGAAACUCAUCGACGCUGAGAUUAGCGAGUUGACGUCCCCGCCUACACCGCCGCUGGGGAGCACUCCUGGAGAUCCGCUAUUCGAUGAACGCAAUAGCAUCGCAUCCUCAGCCGGUACGGGGUCCAGCACUGCCGUGUCAGAUUCGCCGCGGUCGUUGCCUGCGGACGCCGCGACGGCUGUGUUGAUGAAGUCUGAUCCAGAUUUGUUGAUGGUGUUUGGCCCGUUUGUGCGGCUGGAUGGGUAUCCGCCGUGGCAGUUGCGGCUGACGGAGAUCUAUUGCACGGGAGAUAAAGGCAGCUUGAUUACUGGGGGUGGGGAGGCGGUAGAGUAUCAAAAGUUUCUUAAAGGGCUGUGGAGGUAUGCGAGGGCAGAGAUGAGGUUUGGGAGGUAAAUUGGGGUAGCGUAUAACCCUUUUCCCCUUUUAUGUAACGUUGUAUAUUUCUCUAUUUUCCCCUUCCGUUUGUGUCUCUUUUUAUGUAUUUAUUUUUGUUUUUCCGCUUGGGAUUCAAUGCCCUUGCUUUUGCACCGCUUAUUUCAUCAAUUUCUGCCCGGUGGCAUAUAACUCGUUUUAGUCCAUAUUCAAAUUGCAUUGGCUCCCAGGUAUAUUCAGUCGGAAGUACGAAUCCCUUAGGAAGAAAUUCCAUUCGCUUGGUCAGUUUACAGAUUCAAUUCGGGUUCUGAUAUGCUACUUUCCUUGGUCUAGAACGCCUCAUCCAAUUCAGAAGUUUCUCUC